AUGGCAGUGGACGCUAGUGGCGGGCUGCUGGCGACAGGCGGGGCGGACAGGGGCGUGCGAGUGUGGGACCUGGAGGCCAACGCAUGCACGCACUCGUUCACUGGCAUGGGGGGAGUGCUCUCUUGCGUGGCUUUUCACCCCGACCCGAAUCACCUCCUGCUGGUGGGAGCAUCAGAGAGCGGAUUAGUGCAGGUGUGGGAUCUGGUGACCAAGCGCCCAGCAGCCUCUCUAGACAAGCACUUCUCAACCGUCACCUCUAUCGCUUUCUCGCCCUCUGGCUGGCUGCUGCUCACUGCAUCACGUGAUAAGGUGGUAAACAUUUGGGAUAUUCGCACCUAUGCCCACGUCACCACCAUCCCCGUUUUUGAGUCCCUCGAAGGCCUCGCUAUAGUCACACCGCCUAUAGCCCCAUCCUUUCCUGUCAUCCCCCCCACCUGUGCUUCUGCCGCUGCUGGGAGGGAAGCAGGUGGGGGAAAAGGGGAGAAGGGGGAGAAGGGGGAGAAGGGGGAGAAAGGAGAGAAGGGGGAGAAGGGGAGGAAAGGAGAGAAGGGGAAGAAGAGUAGGGAGGAGAUGGGGGAGAAAGAGGUGGUGUGGUUUGUGAGUGUGGGGGAGAGGGGUGUGAUGCGGUUGUGGCGGUCAGACAAGUCAACGGCGGUCCUGGAGCAGCGGGCAGCUGAGGUGGCUUCCGGGCAGCAGAAAACGGGCGCGGAGGCCAAUGAGGAGGCGCCAGCUGGCGGCGGGUUUUUGUCGGCACAGUUUCUGGGCUUGGAUGGAGGAAGAGGAGAAGAGGGGGGAGGAGGAGGAAAGGGAGGAUGCAGGUUACUGUGUACCACUGCAGAUCAACGGCUGCUAAUAUACCAGCCUGUCAAUGUGACUGUCACGAAGCAGCAGCAGCAGCAGCAGUUUCUUGCCAUGUGUCAGCAGCUGAUUGGGCAGAACGAUGAGAUCGUGGACGUGCGAUUCGUCCUUGACCCCUCUGCUUCUUUUCUCGAUGCAGGGAGGGAGGGAGAUGAAGAGGAGGAAAGGGCUGAGAGGCUAGGGAAGGGAGGAGAGGGAGAAGAGGGAGGGGAGGGAGAGGAAGGAGCGGAGGGGAUAAGGAAGGCGUUGAGAGGGGUGGAGAGGAAUCUCCAGCUGGCGGUCGCGACCAACAGCGAGCAAGUGCGCGUGUACGACGUGGCGACCGCCAGCUGUCGCCGCUCCCUGAUUGGCCACUCGGACAUCGUGCUCUGCAUCGAUGCGUACCCCCACCCCUGCUCCGUGCCUCGUGCCCUUCUUGGCCCUCCUGCUGUUGCUGCCGCUGAUGGCGCUGCUGCUGGUGCUGCUAGUGCUGGUGGCGAUGGUAGCAGCAGCGGUUCUUCUUAUUUUAUUCCGGUUUCUCUGCUCGCCUCGUCUGCUAAAGAUCACUCUGUGCGAGUGUGGGACGUCACCACCGGCGCCUGUCUAGCAAUGGGAUCAGGACACGUGGCAGCUGUUGCUGCCGUGGCGUUCUCUCAGAGGCCGCCGCCAGAUCAGCCAGCAGGAGGCGGAGGAGGGAAAGGGGGAGGAGCAGGGCCUUUCUUGGUAUCUGGUUCAAGCGAUCGCACGCUCAAAGUCUGGCCACUCGCGCUUCUCCUCUCCUCCUCAGCAGCAGCGCUGCCUCGCGGGAGGGGCGGCGUGCUUCGUCUCAAGUCAGGUGCCACCGUGGCAGCACACGACAAGGACAUCAACGCUGUGGCUGUGGCGCCCAACGACGCCCUCGUCUGCUCGGGCUCCCAGGACCGCACGGCCAAGGUGUGGCGCCUGCCGGACCUCUCUCUCUCCGUGACACUACGAGGCCACAAGAGGGGCGUGUGGUCGGUCGCCUUCUCCCCCGUGGAUCGCUGUGUGCUCACGGCAUCGGGGGAUGCCACGUGCCGCAUUUGGGCUCUGGCAGACGGCAGCUGCUUGCGCACACUGCAGGGCCACGAAGCGAGCGUUCUCAAGGCCAUAUUCGUGACCCGAGGCACGCAGCUGGCGGACGGCAGCUGCCUGCGCACACUGCAGGGGCAUGAGGCUUCAGUUCUCAAGGCCAUAUUUGUGACCUGA